AUGGAGCAUAAAAAACUAUUAGAAAAUGUUAUGAUUGAUUUGCUCAAGGAUCCAAGUUGUCCUAUUUAUCAAUAUUAAGAUUGGCAAUUGAUAAACAUAUGCCAAUAACUCUAAAUACAAAAUUUCAGUAAUAUAAAAGAUUAGGAUUUUUAGAAGAAGUUUGCUUAGUUCUUUAUAAAUUAUCUUGAAGCAGAAAAUGAGAUUACUAAUAUUUUAGAAUAGUCCUCAAUAAAAAGAAGUGAUUCCAAGAAAAUAAAUGAAAAUUAUUCUAAUCAAAACAAUUAACCAUUAUAAAGUAAGAGUUUAACAAAAUCAAAUUAAGAGUCAAAUAAGCAAAAAUAGGAUUAAUUAGACAUGAUUAGGAAUAAAAAAAAAGUAAAAUUGAAGUAGUCAAACCCAUCUGAUUUAUUAGAGAUUGAAGAAAAUAUAUGUACUCACAGUUCAGCGAACCUUCAUUAAAUGAUAUCUCAAGGGCCAAAAUUAUCUCAGUAUAGCUUUGAUCCCCUUAUUGAUAGUCAUCAAGAUUAAAUUAUAUGCAAAGAAAAAACUUAAAAAAUCACUUCUAAAGAAUAAGGAUUAAUAGAAUCCAUAUUCUAAAGACAAGUUAAGGAUCAUGACUUGGAACCAACCUCAAAAAAUAAGAAAUAGAGCCUAAAAGACUCUAAAAAUUAAGUCUAAUCUAAUCCAAUAUAGACAUUAAAUGACUUUAUCAGAAAUAAAAAGUAAUUAAAUGUUGAUUAAAAUAAAGAAGAAAGAGAAAAUAAUAGAGCCUUUGUGGACAACAAAACUAUUGAAUAAUAUUUUAGAAAAAAUAGAUAAAUACAAAUUCAAAAAAAACCAUCAAGAGCUAUUAUAGAUUCAUCUCCUGAGGAAGGAGAAAUUGUGAUCUAAAUCUCAGAUUCUGAAUCACAAAAAUAAAAAAAUAUUUAGGAUUAACAAAAAUUACAAGGAAAGUAUCAAAUGGAUGAGCUAAUCCAUGUUAAAAGUAAUAAAAUUUAACAAAAAAAAAACAAUACAAGACAAAAAACAUUCAAUCAAUAUAAGGAUUAAGAUAUCAUCUAAGGAAUGUAAGUUGAACAAUAGAUCAAUCAACCCUAAAGUUCUAUAUUGUAGAAUCAAGAAUAAUCCUUAACUGAUGAUAAAAUUCAAUUUGAAAUUCUAAAGCAAAAAUAAUUACUAGAAAAAUAAUACACAAUCAUCUAAUCUUAACCUCCCUAAUAGAAUUCCAACAAUUAUUUUUAAAAUUAAGAAAGAAAUAAUUUAAUUAAUUCUCUAUCCAAUACAAGCAAUAGCAUAUUGCAAUAAAUAAAUUCAUAAAAUGAUAUUUAAAAUCCUAAUUUAGCGGCAAUUUCGAAUCCCGUACUUGCAAUUCCUAAAGAGCCAUCUAAUGUUAUUUUAUAAAAUUAAUAAUUCAACUAAAAUGAUUAAUCAAAUAUUAAUUUAGAAAAGAGUAAUAAAUUUCUCAGACAGAAAAAUUCAUAUUUGAACAAACUUAAUCAAUAAUAGAUAAAUUAAAGAUAACUUUAAGGGUAAAUGAAAUUUGCUGAAAAGUAAAACUAGCAGAUUAAUUAAACCAAUAAUCCCCCAUAAUCUUUAAUCUUUAGUGUUGAGGAUGGUGUAAAUUUGGAAAGAUUGAGAGAGAAAAAACCUAAAAUAGAGUCCAAUGAUACUGGUAAUAAUAACAUUAGUUAAUAAGCUCAUUAAUAUCUUAAAAUAUCAACAAAUUGGAAUUAAUGCAAUUAUUGUAAAUAAAUUGAUGGGAAAGUAAAAUUGAUAGAAAUUGAAAAUGAGGCUAAUAUUUGCUCAUCUUGUUUACUUGAGAAAUUAAAUCCAUUCAAAAAGAUUGUUUAAACUUUAGGAUUUCUAGAAUAUCAAUAUUAAUAAAGAUCUAAAAGUAGGAUACAUCUUGAUUUCACAAUUGCAUAAGAGUUAUUUCGAAAUCCUGAAUUAUUACUUGAAAUUAGAUGUGUUAUGAUGAAUAAAAAUGGAUUAACUGAUUUCACAUUUCCUAAUAGUUGUACUCUUCUUAUUAAUGGAGUUACCAUUAAGGAAUUCAAACCUCUUAUUGAAAAGUCAUGCUUAAGAAAGCGAAAGGAUCAUUGCAUUUUAAUUAAUCUUGAUGAAUUUAAAAAUAUCUAUGAAAUACAAAGAAAAUACACUUUCACUUGUGUUGAAACUAUUCCAGAUUCUAAAAUGAGGUAAGAGAUUCCAAAUUAAAUAUAUAUAUUUGGAUUGUUUGUGGUUUAAAAUUAGAGAUUAGAACAAAUAAUUCAAUCAAUAGUUAAUCAAAGUAUUUUGUCUCAAAUUAAAACCGAUGUUUAAAAACACGAAAUCAAGGUAGAUAAAUCCAAAGUGAGUCUUGUUUGCUAAUACUCUUUUGAUUUAAUUAAAAUACCUGCAAGAGGAGAAUUUUGUCAACAUCAACAGUGUUUUAGCUUAAAUAGUUAUUUGGAAAUGAUGAUUCAUGCAGAACACAUGAAAUGGAUUUGUCCAAUUUGUAAAAAAAAUUCUAUUAGCUUGAGGAUUGAUCAUUAUUAAUGGGGAAUUAUUAAGAAAAUUUAAUAACUUAAUAUUAAAGUUGAUUAAAUUACUGUUGAUUAAAAUGGUACUUUAGAUUCUAAGGAUCCUUUUUAUGCAAUAAUUUAAAAUAAUUAAAUUAACGGUUAUAAUGAUCUAAUUUCACAAGGGUAUACUAAUUUUGAAAGAAGUUCUCAUUAAUUCGACAACGAUGAUCAAAUUAUGUCUUAAAAUAAAAUGUAAACUAAAGGUGGAAAUGAAUCAAAUGCUAUUCUAAUUGAUUGA